CCAGGUGAGAAAGUCCAGGGUUUUUCCUUUUUGGGGUCUAGAUCCCAUCUUCAUCGCCCCCAUCCCCACAGUACCUGUCCUCUCCGGACGGGCACAGCCUUCCCAGAGUCCACCUCCUCUUGGACCCAGGCACCCCCUCCCCAGGGUCCACUUGUUCUGGGGCCCUUGUGUCUCAUCCCCAGUGCCUGCCUGCUCUAGGACCGAGGCUCUCCGCCUAGUGCCUGUCCUCUGGGGGACCCAGGCACCCCUUCCCCAGUACCCGCCUGCUCUGGGACCCAGAUGCCCCUCGUCUUAAUGGAAUACAGGUACUACACGAAGUAGACUGCAUCUCCCAGAAGCGCCCUGGGUUCGGGGCUCCAUCGGCUAAGGAAGCAACUGUCCCACGGAUUGCUGGGAGUGGUAGUCCUGGAGCCGCACUGCCCACUCGGGGUGCAGUGGAGCGUGAGAAGAUUGGAGUUUGACCCCCUCGGGUGUUCCCAGGACUCCCAGUCACAAUCUGGGAUUCCACGGCCCUAUGAGGUCAUACAGGGGCGUCCUUGCCUAGCACCUCGGUCGCCCACCAGUGUCCAACAGAACGGGUAGGGGUAAGCAGGGCGUCUGGGGUCCGUGGACAAGGCAACUGUUCACGUGGGAGUCUCCUGACCUGGCUCACACUCCCGGAGCCCAAUAAGGGCUUAGAGAUCGUCCACAGGAGCUCAGAGAAGAGAAGGGGACCGUCCUGGGAUCCCCACCCCACCCGCUUUCCUGUUUGCUGUGGGACUACAGCUCCCAGCAGCGCCUAGGGAGCGGCGGCCUCACAGAACUACCGUGUCCCCGAGGCGUGGUGACUUAUGGGCAAUGUAGUGAAGGCGGCGCCUCUGCAAGGGACACGCCCAGAGGAGCCUCGCAGUGGAUUCCCUAGGGCUGUGGUGAGUUCCACCUGCAUGGGCAGUCUCCUACGCUCCGCGUUGCCCCUGGGGUUCGUGGUCUUGGCCCUGGUUUCGAGCCCGCGCCGAGCGUGGGGAUGCUUGCUCUGCGACCCCGCAGUCGUGGCGGGACUGCGAGACCUGGAGCAGAACUACCUGCCCAGCCACAUGGACCUGGACCCCCAAGCUCUGCAGACUUUAGUGAACCGGCUGGAGGAGACUAUACAACAGUUCAGUGAUCUUCCGGUUGAGGAGAACGUCUACCAGGGCGUCAUAGAUGAGCCCACGCUGAGCAAAGCGUCCUGGACCUUCCUGAAGGAGCUGAGGCGAAUCAAAGAUAGCAGCCUCAGAGACGAUUUCCUCUUGAAGGAGCUCACCUGGACAUUGCAUAUGCAGAAGGAGCAUUUCUUGGGCCUGGCUGUAAAGUUCCAGAGGGAAAGUCUUUGUCCCAACAAAUGCGGCUUCAUGAUGCAGACCCUCGUCUGGUGCCAUGGGUGUGAGAAACAGGUGCAUUCGUGUCAAAAGUCUUACGACUGCGGGGCACAAAGCGUGCGGGUGAUGGAGAACGGUGACAUGGUCUUGGACUGCGAACUGAGUUGGCAUAAAGCAGCCGAAGGGCUGACGGACUACAGAUUCUACAGGGUCUGGCCAAAUGGCUCAGAAAUCCUGAUAAGUCGGAGCCAAGAGUCCACCCUGAUCAAGCCCAUGGUGUCCUUGGAAGACUCGGGUGUCUAUCGCUGCAUCUUGGGUACGGUCCGGGAGCACAGCCCAGCCACAGUCAUCACCUACUACGUAAAAGUUGACCAGGAAGAAGAACAGUCUUCUAUGACUUCGACUUCAGCCCCGAGGGAGACUUCAAACUCACCGUUGGAGGCCGGCUUGGAGGCUGAGCUCCGCCCGGAGUUUAAAUCCGAACAAUGCAACGACCACAGAGAAGUCUUCACGCACUCAAGCCAGAACGCAGCCAGAAUCCUCAACAUCACCCUGAUCGGGCUAGUCGCUGGUGGGGUGGCUGCAGUGCUGGGGAGUCUGGCGCUGACCCUCUAUUGCGUCCGCAGGGCGGGCGUACACCUGGGCAGGGCGAGUAAGUAAGGCCAAGGGAAUGCCAGAAGCCAAUGUUCCUGGAUGGAUUCGUCGGCCCCGGGAUGCGGAGAUCCGGGGCACCCUUACCCUUCAGUCAAUAAAAAUGUCUCCUCUUC